AUGUAUAAUAAUCAAUUGAACUUUACGGAUGAUUUUGUACUAACCGCCAUAAGUUUACAUGUAUCCCAUGUUGUGAAGAAUAGUAAAGGUGUCCGGCAUCAAAAUUCUACGUGUCCAAUGUCAGAAAAGCAUACUUAUCAUUCAAUAACGGCCUUAUUGUCAUCAUCGUCGGCACCACCGGCAACAAUAAAGUAUGCAAUUGAAGAUGGUAGAUCAAUAUUAGACAAUAAUAGUAAUAAUAAUGAUAAGGAUAGAAUUCUACAGUCACAUGUGAAUCACAAUAACAAUAAUAACAGUAAUGUUAUCCUUCAUAAUAAUAUUCGUGAUGAUUCCAGUAUUACGUCAUGCAUUAAUGCACGUUUAAAAUCAUCGAUGGGGAAUUCCAGUAAUAAUAAUGGUCGUAAUAAUGAUAAUAUUUCUUCAUUUCACAUAAACUACUCAAAUGGUAAUCAAUACAAUAAUAAUGAUAUCGUUAAUAAAUAUUCUAGACAAUGUCAUCAUGUUAACAAUGUGAACAGAGCACUUAUUCAUUCAUCUAACAAUUUUUUUAGCCAUAAUUCUAAUACUACUACUACUACUAAUAGUAGUAGUAAUGGUAACACUGGUAAAUAUGAUAUGCAUAAUAUAAAUCGUCAUCACACUGUAUAUUCAGAAAAACUUCACUCCAGUAAUUCUGUUUUCAUUCAUGAUAACAGUACUAGUAUGAAUAAUCAACUAUUAAGUAAAAAUACACCGCAAGCAAUUGCAUCCUCCUCCUCCUCAUCAUCAUCAUCUAAAGCACUGAGUCAUUCAUCCUAUACGAAUUAUUCUAACAAUGUGACAAAUUUUACAAAAAAUUUAUUUAUCAAUGAUGUAAACAAUCCAAUCCAAUCUAGAGGAGCAUCAGCCUCUGGGAUAGCUGUUACAGCUAUAUCUUUACCUGUGACUUCGUCAAUACUACCGCCAACAAAUUCGUCAACGAAUUUAUCAAGAGUGAAUCAUUCUCUUGGACAGAAUUAUUUAAAUUAUUUUAGACAUCAUUCAACUAGAGCCAGUCCAAUUACAGUUCAAUGGCUUUUAGAAAAUUAUGAAUCAGCUGAUGGUGUUAGCUUAUCAAGAAGUGCCUUAUAUUCACAUUAUUUAACUCAUUGUUUAGAGAAUUGGUUAGAACCAAUGAAUCCAGCAUCAUUUGGUAAAUUGAUCCGUUCAAUAUUUGUUGGAUUACGUACGAGACGACUUGGUACACGAGGCAAUUCGAAGUAUCAUUAUUAUGGAAUACGUAUCAAAGCUACAUCUUUAUUAGAUCAAACAACAGAAGUUAAACCAGUCAAUAUAAGUAAUAAACGAGAUCAGUUUUCCUAUACAAAUCGUACUACACUGAACAGUACCUCUUCUUCUAAUAAUAAUGGUAAUAAUACUAUACUAAGUAGAAAUGAAAAUUAUAGAACAAUUAACCAUCAGCAGUCUCAUCGUCUUCAGCAUCAGUCACAUCCUCUACUUUCAUGCCCUCUUCAAUCUCAGUCUCACCAACACUAUCCUCCUAACCACCACCAACACCACCACCCACACCACCACCAACAACAACCACAACAACAACAGAAUCAAACUAAUCAUCAGAUGAAUUCACUUGGAAUAGAAUCAAAUUCUUAUCGUUAUUCUAUAAAAUCUGAAAAAUGUUGCUUCAAAUCAUCGUUAUCAGCGCUGAUGACAACAAACAAUCAUCAUAGUCAAGGGAUGAUAAAUUCGUUGAGUAAUAAUAAUAAUAAUAACAAUAACACUUAUUAUAAUGACAAUUAUAAAAUAAUGAAUGAACUUCAUACUGGCAUAACAUGCAACAUGUCAUUAAUAUCAACAAAAGAAUAUAAUAAGAAUAAUUAUGAUAAUUCAUUAUUGAAUUUAUGGAGAACUAAUUCUAUGAAUUCUAUUCGGUGCAAACAGAAUUUCAUAAUUCCUUCAAAUACUACUAACAAUAACGAGAGUAACAGUAGCUCAACAGAUUAUAAUAAAAAUAAACUAAUCAGUUAUGAGUGUAUGCAACCAGUAAUUAUGAAGAAUUUAUUGAAUUCAAAUAUUCAAGCAGAUUUUGACGUCGAUUUAAACUUAGGUCUUAAAUGGGAUUUUUUAGUUAAUAUAAAUAACAAUAAUAAUAGUAAUAAUAAAGUAGUAUGGCAUGAGAAAAUGAAUCAAAAUGAAAGUGAGAACACAACAAAACUACAUUUUGGCGAUGAUCCAAAUCAUAAAUUCACCUUCUCAAACUUAAUGGAAUUAUGUGCACUGUCUGGACUUCAGAUUAAUGAAAAUGAUAUUUUCGGGUGUAUUAUAAAACCUGAAUUUAAUGAGCGAUAUCAAGAAAAUAGUCCACAGAAAUUAAACAGUCAGCAGAUAGCAUAUUUUGUUAAAUUAUAUGAAACACAUUGUGAGCAGGUUUGUGCUGCCUUUAUUCAUAUCCAAAUAGAAAAUUUACGGACAAUAUGGCAUCAGUUUUGGUGUUCAUCAGAGUCUACAAUUUGUGCAUCAGAAUGUUGUUUACCAAAAAGUUACUUAAUCGACUUAUGCGAAGAUUCACAUAUUUGUCAAUUUAUUGAACUAGCUGACAGAACAUUAUAUCAAUUAUUACUUGAUAUUAUUAUAAGAGACAGUUUAAAGGCGUUAUCGAAUGAAUUAAUUCAAGGAUUACAAACUAUGAUUAAAUUAAUGGAGCCUUAUCUACAAUCAGCUAUACGAUAUUUUAAUCCACAUUUAAUUAACAGAAAACUGUCAGCCGUUAACUGUUUAACUAAAGGUUUACAUCGAGCAUUAGGAAUUAAUUGUUUUAGUCAAACAAUUGAAAAUGUCAUCAAUGAUACCCAAAAAUGUGCACAAAUAUUAAAUGAUAUUAACAAAUUAGAUUUAAAAAGUAUUGAAGCUCAAGGAUCAUGGGCAAGUGAUUGUUCAUUGUAUGGAUUACUACAAAACUCAUUAGACUUAUAUUCAAAUGAUUUUAAUCCUAGUAAAUGUUCACUUCACAAGGGCAUAAAACAGGAACCAACAGACCAGUGCAUACCACAGAUACCAUAUAAACUGUUAGAUUCUAAUAUAAAUACUAAACAUGUAUUCUCUGAUAUAUACAAUUUCGAUGAAAAUUUUAUUAAUACUACUGAGACUACUGCUACUACAACUACUACUGAUAAUGGUGUUAACAUAAAUGUUUUACAUUCUGAAAUGUGUAAUUUAUUAAUGAAUAAGUCAACUUUAACAACAUGGACAAAAUGGCUAGAUAAAAUUGUUACAAGAAGUUUAGUGAAUUCUCAGUCUGGCCCAAAACGUGCUAAUACUGCAAGACAACUUAUGCUUGUAUGGACAUAUUACAGUUCCUUGUUGAUGCGUGAAUUAACUUUACGAUCAGCUAUCAGUUUUGGUAACUGCCAUUUAUUACGUAUGUUCUGUGAUGAAUAUUUAUCCUACCGUCUAGAACAAGUUGCUUCAAGUCCAUUGACAACUUUACCUAAAUCUAUAAAUGAAUCAUUACCAAUUAUAUCAUAUACACAUAAAAAUCAUAAUAAUAAUAAUGAUAUUACUCAUAUUGCUAACAUUUCCGCUACUAAUAUGCAAGGAAUAAAUAAUCAAAGUAAUAAAACAGGAAAUAUGCCUGAAAAUACCUUUAAUCCUACUAUAUUACCCGAUCCUUUUGAAUCUACGUGUAAUGAGGAUGAAAAUAAGGGGGACAGUCAGUGUCACACUACUAUUGUUAGUACUACUUCUAAUGAAGUCAGUAGUGAAGAUUGUAACAUUAACGAUGAUGAUAUAUUAAUGGAAAAUUCAAAUACCACCUUAUUGUUGUCAUCAGUUAACAAUAACAGUAAUAAUAAUAGUAGUAACUAUUUUGAAUAUAUGGAUGCACAGAUUUUAUCAAAUCAUGAUAAUGUGAUUGUUGAUGAUGAUGUUGAUGUUGAUGAUGGUGGCGAUCACGAUGACGAUGGAUUAUGCAGUAAUUUAUCACCACAUACUUUACUACAAGAGAAUGUCACUAACUCAGACAAUCUGUUAUUUUGUAAUAUGCAUGAAAAUGAAACCGAUGACAUAACGAUUGUUGACGAUACUAGUGGAAGUAAUAUUUUGGACGUUAGUGAUAAUAACUCCAAUAGUAAAUGUAUAAAAACUAAACAAGAUGCCUCUGUAUUGGACACAUCAAACAGCUGUUUCUCAUUUGGCUUAUGUAAUGACCCAGUGCUAACGGAAACAACUGGCCUAAACAGUAAUAAUAAUGAUAAUAAUAAUCAUGGCAGUAGUGAUCAUAACCUUUAUGGGAAGAAAAUGCUUGCAAAUAACGCCUUCCUCGAUGACGAUGAUGAUGCUGUCAAGAAUAACUGGUCUUGCCUACGCCAAGAUGAAUCUGUAGAUCAAUAUUCAGAUAAAAUUUCUCCAAAUUAUGAUAAAAUGAUGUUUACUUCCUCUUCUUCUUCUUCCUCUUUAACAAAGAUUAAUUUAAAUACUGAAAACAAUCGAACUCCUUUUAGUGAUAUUACAAACUAUUUAUUGUAUGAUUCAAGAACUAGAACUGAUACUACUACUAAUAAUAAUAGUAAUGUUUUAACUACUACUAGUAGUUGUGGUAGUAGUAGUAUAGUUUCAACACAAUCUUCAUGUUCACCAUCAUUUUCUUCAAAUCGUUCACAUCGUAAAUUAUCAAAACCAAAUAG